GUGAUGGGUCAGCUGUGGCUCCAAUUCCUACACGAACAUCAUCCUCAAAUUUGCCCAAAACCAAUUUACUUAAUCACAAAGCGUAAGACAAGAAAGCACAUUCAUUAUCAAGAAGUCGUUUUUUCAUCACACCCAAUUGGAGUAAACAGUUAAUUCAAAAGUCCAAUGGAGCUAUGUAGAGUACCAGCUGCUACUACUGCAUUUGCAUGGACAAAUUCCAUCUCCUCUACCCUUCAACUCCCUCAAACUCUCUUUGUAGGAGUUGGGCCUAAAAGAUUCAGAGUUUGGUGUGUGAAUGGAAACAUUGAGUCUCAGAAGGAAAGUCAGAUGGUUGUAUCAGUUACUGGAGCUACUGGAUUUGUUGGGAAAAGAUUGGUGCAAAGAUUGCAUGCAGAUAAGCAUCAGAUUCGAGUGUUGACAAGGUCAAGAUCCAAAGCACAAUCAAUAUUUCCGGUUAAAGAAUUUCCAGGACUUGUAAUUGCUGAGGAGCCAGAAUGGAGAAACUGUAUUGAAGGUUCAACAGCUGUUGUAAAUUUGGCUGGAAUGCCCAUUAGUACUAGAUGGUCCCCUGAGGUAUUAGGAGAUCAUUUGACGGCUUUGUAUUCUCUAUCUCUCCUAUUCUUUUUGUUUUUUCAAGAUAUAUUAGGAAGACAGGUUAUAUACAGCCCUAUGUAUAGAUGCAUUCUUACUUAAUAUCUUCAUCCGAAUGUUUAAUAUUUUGACCUUUUUGUAUUGUAUGUGUUGGGUUUUUAAAGCUUAAAUGUAGCUUAAAAGAGGGUGAAUGGGAAAUGGAGGGAAAUUGAACA